AUGACAGAGAUGAUAGAAGCGACAACGCACAGCACGGAUGACGCUCAAUGCUCAUGCGCCAUGUGCAUGCUCACGUACUACAGUGCUCUGAUGUAUGGUAAUCAACGAAGGGCAUCAAAGCACGUUAUGAUCGCUCGUCCAUCGCCAUAUUACACAGCAACGGGGGGACUCCCACCGCCGUUACCUCCAAUAGCUUCGCCAGCGUUUAUGCAAGAUCAGCAUGCGUGCCCAGUUUACACAGACUACGGCUUCUGCCCUUUUGGUCGUAUAUGUUUCCUACCACAUGAUAAGGGAGCAGAGCCUCUGGUAAAGCCUGCAAAGAGUGCCGAUGAAGAGUUUGAGCGCCUCCUUGAAAAAUCACGGUUAGAGGAGGAAAAGGAGCUGUGGAGUUGCGCCGUGUGUGGUUUUGAGGGCAUAGAUGAGAAUAGUCAAGGUAAAGUUGGAGAAUCAUUCUACUACCGCCAAUGUCCCCGCUGUUUCCUUAUGUGUUACUAUCCACAUAUGACGUAUUUAGUUGAGGCUGUGCUUCAGAGAGUUGAUGAUGACUAUCAGUUGUUCAAAUCGGAGAUUGAUCGCUACCGUGAGGCUUUUCCGGACAUACUGAAGGUGCCAUUGACAUACGAGGCUCAUCGUAUUGCAUCUACGGCUUUUGCGUGGAGCCUUGUCUCGCCCAAGCAAGUGAAGGAUGCACUGGACGCAGCGUACCGGGCGUUACCAGACUUGAGCUGCCUCGUCAGCAUAGGUAGUGGCGCAGGCUACAUCGAGCACAUUUUCAACCGUGUUGCAAACGGUGUGGGGGCAGCUUCCAACGGUCCAGAUGUGGCGUUGGGCCCUUCUUCCUUUGAAGGUGUAUACGCCUCAUUCUACCCAGGGAAGAAAUUGCCCAUCUACGCCUUUGAUGAAGUAGCUUUGAGCUGCCCGUACAGCGUUGUGGUUUCACUAGGUGGGCCGGCGUCACUGCUUUCGUUGCAUUGCCCCACGGCUAUCCUGCUCUUGUGUUGGCCACCGUUUGGUUCACCACAGGAGGAGCAAAGUUCAAUGGGUUUUGAAGCGUUGGAAUAUUUCACACAAGCGGGGGGUCGGAUCGUGAUAUACAUUGGCGAUACGGCAUCAACGGGUGACUGGCGUUUUCAUGAGCUUCUCUACACUCACUACAAACUACUUAAGGAAUAUGGAGUUCGCCGUGAGGUGCGUCGGUGGUGUCCUCAGGAAAUGGGCCUGAUUUACGCCGGUAAUGACACAAUCGGUGUGUACGAGGCGAGGAGUCAGCCGUUGUCUCCUCCACAGUGGCAGUGGAGCCGCAGCGGUGCAUGA